AUGAGAGUUGCGCUUCCUUGCUCUGUGGCCACUCUAGGCCUGGCUAGCCUUAGUGUUGCGCUGGCGACGCCCAAGAGCUACUCCGUCGACAGGACCUACAGCCUUAUGUCUGACUUGGGAACGAACUUCACGGUUUAUGAGCAUGCGGCGACGAGCUCCAGAACAAGAUACGUCCAGGACUCGGGAAUCUGCGAGACGACCAAGGGCGUCAAGCAAUACUCUGGCUACUUCGACGUCGGUACCGAUCAAAACAUGUUCUUCUGGUUCUUCGAAGCUCGCAAAGAUGCGAAUACGGCCCCCGUCGCUCUGUGGCUAAACGGUGGUCCGGGCUGCAGCUCCAUGCUCGGCCUUUUCCAAGAAAACGGGCCAUGCACCUUCAACAAGGCCCCCGGCGCAGAUCCCAUUCUGAACCCCAACUCAUGGAACAAUGUUGCCAAUAUGCUCUACGUGGAUCAGCCAAUCGGAGCCGGUUUCAGCUACGGCACGAGUGAUACAGACAGCACCGUCAAGGCCGCGCCAAAAGUCUGGGCGUUGAUGCAAUCUUUCUACAGCAAAUUUCCCGAUUACAAGGGCCGUGAGUUCGGUUUGUUCACCGAGUCUUACGGCGGCCACUACGGCCCGGAGUUCAUCGAUCACUUCCAGGCUCAGAAUGACGCUAUCGACAAGGGCACUGUCAAAGGGGAGAAGAUCAAGAUUGUCGCUCUCGGUAUCGGAAACGGAUGGAUCGACCCAGUCGUCCAAUACAAGGAUUACCUGGAGUAUGCGGUGAACAACACGUACAACAAGAUCAUCGACCAGCCCAAGUUUGAUGAGCUCACUAAGGCCUAUGAGAAGGAUUGCAAGCCUGCGAUGGAAAAGUGCACUGGCCUUGAGGGACAGAACGAAGCUUGCGUGGCCGCUGAGAAUGCGUGCUAUGCAGCCGUUGAAGCACCCAUCGAAGCGGCUAAGACUUUUAACGUGUACGAUGUUAGAGCCGCGGACGACAAAUUCCCUCCUGGAACUUAUCAGGCAUACAUCAAGAAGCCUGAGGUCAUGAAGGCGAUCGGUGCCAAAUCUGAGUACCAAGAGUGCCCUCAAGCACCAUACGAUAAGUUCACCUCGACCGGCGAUGGUCAGCGAUCUUUCCUCACUAAACUUCAAGAUAUCACAAAGAAGGAUGUCCAAGUUCUGAUUUGGUCUGGUGACGCUGACUUCAUCUGCAACUAUAUUGGCAAUUACAACGCAGCGAAGAAGAUCGGGGGUGAGGAGUUCGAAAAGGCAGAGAUGAAAGAUUUCACAAUGAACGGCAAGAAGAUGGGCGAGUACAAGAACAUCAAGAACUUGAGUUGGCUGAGGGUUCAUGAGGCGGGUCAUGAAGUGCCUGCUUAUCAACCAGAGGUUGCUCUGGAAGCCUUCAAACAGACUAUGGCGAAGAAGGGUAUCUCUUCCCCGUGA